AUGGAUAUCCGCAUGGGUGCAAUCAGCAACUCUCCUGCACUGCCUGCCUUUAGCGAAGAUAUGCUGAAGAUAGAGAUCAGUGGACUUGAAUUAGGCGGUAUAUGGACAACCCUCGGACGCUCGCUGAAGAAGCCGACGGAUGGAAUUUGCACCAUGGGAGUCUUGACGAAACCAGAUCUUGCCACUGAGAGAACUACCCAAGACACAGUCAGCGACCUCGUCCAGGGUAGGCGGAGCAAGCUGAAGCUCGAAUAUUAUGUGGCCCAGAACCGAAGCGCAGAUGACAAUAUCUCUACUGCAUCCGACCGCCUUGCUGCUCUCUAA